AUGUCUCUAUACCACGAGACGGCCGAGAUCCUCUCGGCGCCAUCCACAAGUGGUGGCAGCCUCAGAUCACGCAUCUUCGCCAAGAAGGGUCUCAAGUCGCCCCCAGCACAGGUUUAUGCCCUCGCAACAGAGACGUGCAAGUGGAGCGAGGUCCUCAAGGAGGUCAUCGAGAAAACGGAUCUCCUGCGCCAUGAGCGCAAGCUCACUCCCAUCCUAGCUCUGCUGCUUGUCCAUGACUUUCUCCUGGCCAAGUCUGGCAUCGCCCUCCCGCAGACGCACGGCCUCCGCUCUGCUAUUGAUCGCCACAAGGCCCGCCUGACGUCCGAAAUGACGCGCGCACGCCUGCGUCGCAAGGCGCCGACUCUCGAGGCUCUACGGGCCGACAUCAACCUCGCCGCCGACCCCGAGGGCCGCCACCCCCGCUGGGUCCGUAUCAACGCCGUGCGCACCGACCUCGAGAUGCAACUGUCCACGACCUUCAAGGACUUCACCCGCGUCAUGUCCAUCGCCGACGUCGCCGCCUCCACCAUGGCGAGCCGCUCCCUCUACCUCGACGAGCACGUGCCCAACCUCGUCGCCGUCUCCCCCGGUAUCGAUCUCACCAAGACGCAGGCCUACCGCGACGGCGAGAUCAUCCUGCAGGACAAGGCCUCAUGCUUCCCGGCCUACCUCCUCGACCCGCGCGCCGAAGACGGCGACGUCAUCGACUCGUGCGCCGCCCCCGGCAACAAGACGACGCACCUCGCCGCCAUCAUCAAGGCCCACGCCCCCGCGCAGGGCGCCGCCAAGCAGACCAUAUUCGCCUUUGAGAGGAACGAUAAGCGCGCCCUGACGCUCGAAAAGAUGGUCAAGACGGCCGGCAGCAGCAAGAUGACCAGGAUAGGCAUGGGCCAAGACUUUACGGGCGUCGACCCCAAGGCCAGCCUCUACGCCAACGUCGGCGCCCUGCUGCUCGACCCCAGCUGCUCCGGCAGCGGCAUCGUCGGCCGCGACAGCAUGCCCAAGCUUCACCUGCCCGAGGGCCCCGCCGGCGCCGGCCCCGGGAAGGGGCCGGCGAAACCGUCACCCGUCGUGGCCGCGGCGGAGGGCAAGAAGCGCAAGAGGCAGGAGACGGACGAGGCGCAAGCCAAGGCGGUGCUCGUCGACGACGACGGCAACACGACCGAGGUGGCGUCGGAGCAGGACCUACAGAAGAGGCUCGACGCGCUGUCCGGGUUUCAGCUCACGCUGCUGCUGCACGCCAUGAAGUUUCCCGCCGCCAAGCGGAUCACGUACUCGACCUGCUCCAUACACGCCGAGGAGAACGAGCACGUCGUCGUCAAGGCGCUGCAGUCGGCCGUGGCCAAGGAGGCGGGCUGGCGCAUCCUGCCGCGGGAGACGCAGGUCAGCGGUAUGCGGGAGUGGCCCGUCCGAGGCGACGUCGAGGCUGCUGGCGGCGACGAGAAGGUUGCCGAGGCCUGCAUACGAGCGCAUGAGGGCGACGGCAGGGGCGUCAUGGGUUUCUUCGUCGCGGCGUUCGAGCGGGUUGGGUCGUUACUCGACAGCGACGAUGGCCCGUAUCUGAGGGACGAGCAUGGCGUCAUUAUCAGGGAUGUCACGGGGAUGCCCGUGGAGAAGGCCACAGGAGAGGUCGUCGCCUUUGAUGACCCGAAGGAGGAAGAAAGCGAUGACCACGACUACGCGGAGGAAAGCGAGAGUGGGAGUACCGACGGGCUUGAGCAGGACGGAGAGGAGGAGUGGGGUGGAUUCGACUAG